CCGAGGCCGGGGCCGGGGCCGAGGCUGGGGCCUGAGCCGGGGCUGGGUGCCGGAGGAAGAGAGCAGUGACGGGGAGUCGGACGAUGAGGAGUUUCAGGGUUUUCAUUCAGAUGAAGACGUGGCCCCCAGUUCCCUGCGCUCUGCGCUCCGAUCCCAGCGAGGUCGAGCCCCCCGAGGCCGGGGCCGCAAGCAUAAGACGACCCCCCUUCCGCCUCCUCGCCUACCAGAUGUGGGCCCCACCCCCCCAAAGACCCCUGCCCGGAAACGGGGUGAGGAGGGCACAGAACGGAUGGUACAGGCAUUGACUGAACUUCUUCGGCGGGCCCAGGCACCUCCUCUUCCCCGGAGCCGAGCAUGUGAGCCCUCUACCCCCCGACGGUCUCGUGGACGGCCCCCGGGAAGGCCAGCAGGCCCCUCCAGGAAGAAGCCACCAGGAGUAGUGGUAGCUGAAGCUGCUGUGACAAUCCCCAAACCUGAACCCCCACCUCCUGUGGUUCCAGUAAAGUGCAGAACUGGCAGUUGGAAGUGCAAGGAGGGGCCCGGCCCAGGUCCUGGGACCCCCAAGCGUGGAGGACAGUCUGGGCGAGGAGGCCGUGGAGGCCGGGGCCGGGGCCGAGGUGGGCUCCCACUUGUGAUCAAGUUUGUUUCAAAAGCCAAAAAAGUGAAGGUGGGCCAAUUAUCCUUGACGUCGGAGUUAGGCCAGAGUCAAGAUCUCCAUGGAGAAAGUUGGCAGGAUUCCCCUCAAGAAAGAGUUGGAUCUGGACUGGAAGGGGACCCCUGUGGGAAAAAGCCAGAGCAGAAUCUCCAGGAGGAAGAGGAGGAGAAAGAGAAACAAGUCAAGGAGGAGGGGCACGACAAGGAAGACAGACCAGUGGCUGAGGAAGAAGGGGUCCUAGCCAAGGAGGACGAGGCCAAGCUGCUGUCACCACCCCUGACUCCCUCAGCCCCUCCCCCCCUCCCCCCCCCUUCAGCAUCUCCUCCACCUGCACUUUGCUCCCCACCAUCCCCAUUGCCUCCCUCGCCCCUACACCUCCCUCUUCCAUCUCCUGCUGUUGAGGAGCGGGAAGAAGCCCCUUCUACCGUGGUCCCAGCUACCUGCUCCAGGAAGAGAGGCCGGCCUCCUCUGACGCCCAGUCAGCGGGCAGAGCGGGAAGCUGCUCGGGCGGGGCCAGAGGGUCUUUCCCUUCCCACUCCAGCCCCCAGCAUCACCACAGGGGGCCCUCCAGAAGACAGUCCCACCCUGCCCCCCAAAAGUACCACCUUCCUAAAGAAUAUACGGCAAUUUAUCAUGCCUGUGGUGAGUGCCCGCUCUUCCCGUAUCAUCAAGACACCCCGGCGAUUCAUGGAUGAAGAUCCUCCCAGGCCCCCAAAAGUGGAGAUGUCACCUGCUGUGAGGCCUCCCAUUGCCAUCUCCCCACUGCCCCCUCAGGAACCAGCACCAGCCCCUUCCCCACCACGCGCCCCAACCCCUCCAUCUACUCCUGCCCCCCUCCCUGAGAAGAGAAGGUCAAUUCUAAGAGAACCCACAUUUCGCUGGACUUCAUUGACCCGGGAGCUGCCGCCACCGCCACCGCCACCACCUCCUGCCCCACCUCCUGCCCCGCCCCCUGCCCCUACAACUCCAACUCGGAGGCCCCUGCUUCUCCGUGCCCCUCAGUUUACUCCAAGCGAGGCCCACCGGAAAAUCUAUGAAUCGGUGCUCACUGUUCCUCCUCUUGGGACCCCUGAAGCCCCUGAGCCAGAGCCACCUCCUGCUGAUGACUCUCCAGCUGAGCCUGAGCCUCGGGCCGUGGGCCGCACCAACCACCUCAGCUUGCCUCGAUUUGUCCCUGUGGUGGCUACUGUGAAGGCUGAGGAGCCCCGUCCUGGGACUCCAGCCCUGAGCCAUGGGCAGCAGCCUCUGGCUCAGCUACAGCAGCCCAUGCAGGCCUCGCAAGCUCAGCUCCUCCCCCAGCCACCUCCACCUCCACCUCAGCAACCACCACUACAGCCCCAGUUAGAACUGCAGCCAGCACCCCCGCUGGAAAAGGCUCGGCUCGCGGGCCUGGGCUCCUUACCACUGUCGGGGGUAGAGGAGAAAAUGUUCAGCCUCCUCAAGAGAGCCAAGGUGCAGCUUUUCAAGAUCGACCAGCAGCAGCAACAGAAGGUGGCGUCUUCAAUGCUGCUGAGCCCUGGAGGGCAGAUGGAGGAGGCUGUGGGCACGGUCAAGCAGAUCCCAGACAGAGGUUCUGUCAAGUCUGAAGAUGAAUCGAUGGAAAUUAAGAGAGAGAGACCCUCGGGCCCUGAGUCCCCAGUGCAAGGCCCCCGAAUCAAACAUGUCUGCCGUCAUGCUGCUGUGGCCCUGGGUCAGGCCCGGGCCAUGGUGCCAGAAGAUGUCCCCCGCCUCAGUGCCCUCCCUCUCCGGGAUCGGCAGGACCUCGCCACAGAGGAUACGUCAUCAGCGUCUGAGACUGAGAGUGUUCCAUCACAGUCCCAGCAGGGAAAGGUGGAGUCAGCAGGGCCUGGGGGGGACUCAGAACCUACAGGGUCUGCAGGGACACUGACCCACACACCCCGGCGCUCGCUGCCCUCCCACCAUGGCAAGAAGAUGCGAAUGGCACGGUGUGGCCACUGCCGGGGCUGCCUGCGUGUGCAAGACUGUGGGUCCUGUGUCAACUGCCUGGACAAGCCCAAGUUUGGGGGUCCCAACACCAAGAAACAGUGCUGUGUAUACCGGAAGUGUGACAAGAUAGAGGCUCGGAAGAUGGAGCGGCUGGCUAAGAAAGGCCGGACGAUAGUGAAGACGCUGUUGCCCUGGGAUUCCGAUGAAUCUCCUGAGGCCUCCCCUGGUCCCCCAGGCCCACGCCGGGGGGCGGGAUCCGGGGGCUCCCGGGAGGAGGUGGUGGCCCCCCCAGGGUCCGAGGAGCAGGACUCCCUCCUACUACAGCGCAAGUCAGCCCGGCGCUGCGUCAAACAGCGACCCUCCUAUGAUAUCUUCGAGGAUUCGGACGAUUCGGAGCCCGGGGGUCCCCCUGCUCCCCGGCGUCGGACCCCCCGAGAGAAUGAGCUGCCAGUACCAGAACCCGAGGAGCAGAGCCGGCCUAGAAAACCUACCCUGCAACCUGUGGUGCAGCUCAAAGCCCGAAGGCGCUUGGACAAGGAUGCUUUGGCCCCUGGUCCCUUUGCUUCUUUUCCUAAUGGCUGGACUGGGAAACAGAAGUCCCCAGAUGGCGUUCACCGUGUGCGUGUGGAUUUUAAGGAGGAUUGUGACCUGGAGAACGUGUGGCUGAUGGGUGGCCUGAGCGUGCUCACUUCUGUGCCUGGGGGGCCGCCGAUGGUGUGCUUACUGUGUGCCAGCAAAGGCCUGCAUGAGCUGGUGUUCUGCCAAGUCUGCUGUGACCCGUUCCACCCCUUCUGCCUGGAGGAGGCUGAGCGGCCCCUACCCCAGCAUCAUGAUACCUGGUGCUGCCGUCGCUGCAAGUUCUGCCACGUUUGUGGGCGCAAAGGCCGGGGGACCAAGCACCUCCUGGAGUGUGAGCGCUGCCGCCAUGCUUACCACCCAGCCUGCCUGGGGCCCAGCUACCCUACCCGGGCCACUCGCAAACGGCGCCACUGGAUCUGCUCAGCCUGUGUGCGUUGUAAGAGCUGUGGGGCCACUCCAGGCAAGAACUGGGAUGUCGAGUGGUCUGGAGAUUACAGCCUCUGCCCCAGGUGCACCCAGCUCUAUGAGAAAGGGAACUACUGCCCCAUCUGCACACGCUGCUACGAAGACAACGACUAUGAGAGCAAGAUGAUGCAGUGUGCGCAGUGUGAACACUGGGUCCACGCCAAGUGCGAGGGACUCUCAGAUGAGGACUAUGAGAUCCUUUCCGGGCUGCCGGACUCAGUGCUGUACACCUGUGGGCCGUGUGCCGGGACCACGCAACACCCUCGCUGGCGAGAGGCUCUGAACGGGGCCUUACGGGGGGGCCUGCGCCAGGUGCUCCAGGGCCUGCUGAGCUCCAAGGUGGCAGGCCCACUGCUAUUGUGCGCCCAGUGUGGGCAGGAUGGGAAUCGGCUGCACCCGGGGCCCUGUGGUCUGCAAGCUGUGAGUCAGCGCUUUGAGGAUGGUCACUACAAAUCUGUGCACAGCUUCAUGGAGGACAUGGUGGGCAUCCUGACAAGACAUUCAGAGGAAGGAGAGACCCCAGAGCGCCGGGCUGGAAGCCAGAUGAAGGGGCUCCUGCUGAAACUGCUAGAGUCUGCGUUCGGCUGGUUCGACGCCCACGACCCAAAGUACUGGCGACGGAGUACCCGGCUACCAAAUGGAGUCCUUCCCAAUGCAGUGUUGCCCCCAUCCCUGGACCAUGUCUAUGCUCAGUGGAGGCAGCAGGAGCCAGAGACGCCAGAAUCCGGACAGCCUCCCGGAGGCCCCUCAGCAGCUUCCCAGGGCGAGGACCCAGCCACGUUCUCACACUUGGAGGACCCGCGUCAGUGUGCUCUCUGCCUCAAGUACGGGGAUGCAGAUUCCAAGGAGGCAGGGCGGCUCCUGUACAUUGGGCAGAAUGAGUGGACACACGUCAACUGUGCCAUUUGGUCGGCCGAAGUGUUUGAGGAGAACGAUGGCUCCCUCAAGAAUGUGCACGCUGCUGUGGCCCGAGGGAGGCAGAUGCGCUGUGAGCUCUGCCUGAAGCCUGGAGCCACCGUGGGCUGCUGCCUAUCCUCCUGUCUUAGCAACUUCCACUUCAUGUGUGCCCGGGCCAGCUACUGCAUCUUCCAGGAUGACAAGAAAGUGUUCUGCCAAAAGCACACCGACCUGCUAGAUGGCAAGGAGAUCGUGACCCCCGACGGUUUUGAUGUUCUCCGCCGCGUCUAUGUGGAUUUUGAGGGCAUCAACUUCAAGCGAAAGUUCUUGACGGGCCUUGAACCUGAUGCCAUCAAUGUGCUCAUUGGCUCCAUCCGCAUUGACUCCCUGGGUACUCUGUCUGAUCUUUCGGACUGCGAAGGACGGCUCUUCCCCAUUGGCUACCAGUGUUCCCGUCUGUACUGGAGCACGGUGGACGCUCGGCGGCGCUGCUGGUAUCGGUGCCGGAUUCUGGAGUAUCGGCCGUGGGGGCCAAGGGAAGAGCCGGUUCACCUGGAGGCGGCCGAAGAGAACCAGACCAUUGUGCACAGCCCCGCCCCCUCCCCAGAGCCCCAAGAUCAUGAGAACCUGUUGCCAGAUACAGAUACCCUCCCUCCCGGAGCUCCUGAGCAUCACCCACUUAUUCAGAACCUGCAUCUCCCAUUUCGGUCAGAUCCAAGCAUCACCGUCCCUCCAGCCCCCCGCUCUUUCUCGGGGGCGCGAAUCAAAGUGCCCAACUACUCACCAUCCCGGAGGCCCUUGGGGGGUGUCUCCUUUGGACCCCUGCCCUCCCCUGGAAGCCCAUCUUCUCUGGCUCACCACAUCCCGACCGUGGGAGACCCAGACUUCCCAGCUCCCCCAAGACGCUCUCGCCGUCCCAGUCCCCUGGCCCCUAGGCUGCCACCCUCACGGCGGGCCUCUUCUCCCCUCAGAACUUCCCCUCAGCUCAGGGUGCCCCCUCCUACCUCAGUCAUUACAGCCCUCACACCUACCUCAGGGGAGCUGGCUCCCCCUGGCCCAGCCCCAUCUCCUCCGCCACCCACUGAAGACUUGGGCCCAGACUUUGAGGACAUGGAGGUGGUGUCAGGACUGAGUGCUGCUGAUCUGGACUUUGCAGCCAGCCUGCUGGGGACUGAGCCCUUCCAGGAAGAGAUUGUGGCUGCAGGGGCCAUGGGGAGCAGUCACGGAGGCCUGGGGGACAGCUCAGAGGAGGAGGCCAGUCCUGGCGCCCACUACAUCCACUUCCCUGUGGCUGUGGUGGCUGGCCCGGCCCUGACCCCUGGCGGCCUCCCUGGAACCCCUCGCAUCGAACAGCUGGACGGAGUGGACGAUGGCACAGACAGUGAGGCUGAGGCCAUCCAGCAGCCUCGGGGCCAGGGGGCUCCACCCUCAGGGCCAGGAGUGGGCCGGGCAGGGGUCAUCGGGGCUGCAGGGGACAGGGCCCGACCUCCUGAAGACCUGCCGUCAGAAAUCGUGGAUUUUGUAUUGAAAAAUCUAGGGGGCCCUGGGGAAGGGGGUGCUGGCCCCAGAGAGGAGCCACUUCCCCCACCCCCUCCCCUGGCCAAUGGCAGCCAACCCCCCCAGGGCCUGCCCCCCAGCCCAGCUGACCCCACCCGGACAUUUGCCUGGCUCCCUGGGGCCCCAGGAGUUCGAGUGUUGAGCCUGAGCCCUGCCGCUGAGCCCCCCAAGCCCGCCACGUCCAAAAUCAUCCUUGUUAACAAGCUGGGGCAGGUGUUUGUGAAGAUGGCUGGGGAGGGCGAGCCUGUCCCAUCACCAGUGAAACAACCUCCCCUGCCCCCUCCCAUCCCCUCCACAGCCCCCACCUCUUGGACUCUGCCCCCAGGCCCCUUGCUGAGUGUACUGCCAGUGGUGGGUGUCGGGGUAGUUCGCCCUGCUCCCCCUCCCCCGCCCCCUCCACUGACACUGGUAUUGAGCAGUGGACCCCCCAGCCCACCCCGCCAGGCCAUUCGAAUAAAGAGGGUGUCCACCUUCUCGGGCCGUUCCCCGCCAGCACCACCCCCAAACAAGACUCCCCGACUGGACGAAGAUGGCGAGUCCUUGGAGGGCUCCCCCCAGGUCCCAGGGCUUAGUAGCAGCAGGUUAAGCCGCGUGAGAAUGAAAACCCCCACUGUGCGUGGUGUGUUUGACCUGGCUGACCCUGAGGAACCCACUGGAGAGGAGAGCCCUGGGCCCCUCCAGGGACGGUCCCCUCUACUGUCUCUGCCAGACAGUAGUCUUCCUCGGGUCCCUGGUGGUCCCCCUGACUUGCUGCUUGAAGCCCAGUGGCACCACUACUCAGGUGAAGCUUCAAGCUCCGAGGAAGAGCCUCCACCUCUAGAGGACAAAGAGAACCAGGCCCCCAAACGGGCUGGCCCACACCUGCGCUUCCAGAUCAGCAGUGAGGAUGGGUUCAGCGUGGAGGCAGAGAGCUUAGAGGGGGCCUGGAGAGCUCUGAUCGAGAAAGUGCAAGAGGCCCGCGGGCAUGCCCGCCUCAGACACCUCUCCUUCAGUGGAAUGAGUGGGGCGAGGCUUCUGGGCAUCCAGCACGAUGCUGUCAUCUUCUUGGCGGAGCAGCUGCCCGGGGCCCAGCAUUGCCAGCACUACAAGUUCCGCUACCACCAGCAGGGAGAGGGUCAGGAGGAGCCGCCGCUCAACCCCCACGGGGCAGCCCGUGCCGAGGUCUAUCUUCGAAAGUGCACCUUUGACAUGUUCAACUUCCUGGCUUCCCAGCACCGAGUACUCCCUGAGGGGGCCACCUGUGAUGAGGAAGAGGAUGAGGUGCAGCUCAGGUCCACCAGACGUGCCACCAGCCUGGAGUUGCCCAUGGCCAUGCGCUUCCGUCACCUCAAGAAGACGUCUAAAGAGGCCGUGGGGGUCUAUAGGUCAGCCAUCCAUGGAAGGGGCUUGUUCUGUAAACGCAACAUAGAUGCUGGGGAGAUGGUCAUCGAGUACUCGGGCAUCGUCAUUCGCUCUGUGCUGACUGACAAGCGAGAGAAGUUUUACGAUGGGAAGGGUAUUGGGUGCUACAUGUUCCGCAUGGACGACUUUGACGUGGUAGACGCCACGAUGCACGGCAAUGCUGCCCGCUUCAUCAACCACUCCUGUGAGCCCAACUGCUUUUCCCGUGUCAUCCACGUGGAGGGCCAGAAGCACAUUGUCAUCUUCGCUCUGCGCCGCAUCCUGCGUGGGGAGGAGCUCACCUACGACUACAAGUUCCCCAUUGAGGAUGCCAGCAACAAGCUGCCCUGCAAUUGUGGCGCCAAGCGCUGCCGUCGCUUCCUUAACUGAAGCUGUGGGAACCCCACCUUCUGCCAUUGUCUCCCUUGUCUGGGGGUGGGGAGACUCCAUAGUCCCUUCCAGAGCAUCUCACCCUCACCCCCAUGUUCAGGGUGGCUACGGGCCUACAGGUGACAGGGACCCUGCCUUCAUCCCUCCAGCCCACCUAGCAAUUGGCCCUCUCCUGCCCUCGGGGCCCAGUAUGUAGAUAUUGUACAAAAGUUUCUAAAUCCCUUCUUUUCUAUGCACUUUUUUAUUUAAGAGGGGGGGGUCCCAGGUGGGAACCCCUCCACAAUAAAGUCUGUCAAUGUUUGGA